GGGAGCUGUUGGGGCAGCAACAUGUAGAGGAGUGUGCCGGAAAUGGUUCAGAGGAAGAGGAGGAAGAAGCUGUCUGUCUCUCUGUGUGCGUCCUUCCUCACUGACUCCUCUGAGCUCUGUCACAGGUCCAACAACAUGUCUAUUGUCAAGAUCCACGCCCGAGAGAUCUUUGAUUCUCGCGGAAACCCCACCGUAGAGGUUGACCUUUACACCGGCAAAGGCUUGUUUAGGGCAGCGGUGCCAAGCGGUGCAUCUACUGGAAUCUACGAAGCCUUGGAGCUCAGGGACAAUGACAAAUCUCGUUACCUUGGAAAAGGAGUCUCACAGGCCGUGGAAAACAUAAAUUCAACUAUUGCACCUGCACUUGUUGGCCAAAAUGUGUCUGUGGUUGAGCAAGAGAAAAUAGACCAGAUGAUGAUCGACCUGGAUGGCACAGAGAAUAAAUCCAAAUUGGGUGCGAAUGCUAUCCUGGGUGUGUCCCUGGCUGUUUGCAAAGCUGGUGCAGCAGAGAAAGGUGUCCCCCUGUAUCGUCAUAUUGCUGACCUUGCAGGAAACCCCAAAGUCAUCUUGCCUGUGCCGGCCUUCAAUGUGAUCAAUGGCGGCUCUCACGCAGGCAACAAGCUUGCCAUGCAAGAGUUCAUGAUCCUGCCGGUUGGAGCGAGCACCUUCAAAGAGGCCAUGCGCAUCGGAGCCGAGGUCUACCACAAUCUCAAAAACGUCAUCAAGAAGAAGUAUGGUCAAGAUGCCACCAAUGUGGGUGAUGAAGGUGGUUUUGCUCCAAACAUCCUGGAGAACAAGGAAGCUUUGGAGUUGGUGAAAGAGGCCAUUGCAAAGGCAGGAUACACAGACAAGGUUGUGAUUGGCAUGGACGUGGCAGCAUCUGAAUUCUACAGGGACGGAAAAUACGACCUGGACUUCAAGUCUCCUGACGACCCGAGCCGUUACAUCACUCCUGACGAGCUGGCUGAUCUCUACAAGAGCUUUGUGAAGGAUUAUCCAGUGGUUUCCAUUGAGGAUCCCUUUGACCAGGAUGACUGGGCGGCCUGGACCAACUUCACUGAAACCACAGACAUACAGGUUGUUGGAGACGAUCUCACGGUGACUAACCCUAAUCGCAUCAGCAAGGCCGUGGAGGACAAGGCCUGCAACUGUCUGCUGCUUAAAGUCAAUCAGAUCGGCUCAGUCACCGAGUCUAUGCAAGCGUGUAAGAUGGCUCAGGAGAGCGGCUGGGGUGUGAUGGUUAGCCAUCGCUCCGGUGAAACUGAGGACACCUUUAUAGCAGAUUUGGUGGUGGGCUUGUGCACUGGACAGAUCAAGACUGGAGCUCCCUGCCGCUCUGAGCGUUUGGCCAAAUACAACCAGAUUCUGAGAAUUGAAGAGGAGCUGGGAGACGGGGCUUGCUUCGCUGGAAAAAACUUCAGAAAUCCACUGAAGUAAAUGGAUGGAGUGUCUACUUACUAAAAUGUCUUCAUGCACACACAUCGGAUAAUAAUGAAAAACGCAUCAAAUCAAUAAUGGUUAAUUUAGAACCGCUCACAUACUAACAGUGGUAAUUAAUAGAGAGCACUUACUGUAGUCGCCAGAGCUGUGACUCCUGACUGACUGAAGUCUAAUACUGUAUUCUGUGCUGUUUGCUAAUGUGGAGUUAAACAAUAGAUGUUAUUAUAACUUGAGUAAUUUAUGUACAACACAGCACUUAAUAAAAGAGUUGUCUCAGUCAGA